CUAGUCCUCACUGUAGCAUGAGAUGUGACGGUAGUACUCUGUUUGAUCGAAUAUCUUGCAUGGGGGAAAUGAAGAAUACAUGGCCAAGUUGAAGACCACCUUGCAAAGGCCUUGACCGAACACACUUCGAUUACACGGUCAGAUGGGCCUUUCCUGACCAGAUGAAACUAUUAUCGCAUGUAUCUCACCGAAGUGGUCGUAUGCCCUUACAAAGCCCAGCUAUCAUUCGGCUUACCAGACCGCACUUUGAUAGAACGGAUGCGGUCUGACGAGAUCGUUCAGACGACCGUUUUCUCCUCCUCCAAAUGACGUGUCCCUCAUUAUCCAUAAAACACACUCAUCACGAAUGUGAUCGGGGCCUCCCAGAAGCCACGUUCGCCAAUGAAAGGCCACUUGCAGGACUUCCUAGCCCACCACUGUCUUAUUGUAUGAAUAGCCAAAUGAUAUGCUGAGCCUCGGAUAUUAUCUGACCCCAAUCGACCCGGAGAUAGUGGACAUUAUUGAGUAAGACUAACUUGGGAGCGCGGAGAGCCAUCCGAGAAUAAUGUGUUCACAUCGUGCAGAUGGACUGUGUCAUUGGCACUCGGAUGGAACAUGCACGAUACCUGGCAAGAUGGGCGAUACGACGAUCUGCUGCCCAACACAUACAUGAAUGACCUCUCCCGUCACCUCAGUCUUUAGCACUGCAUGUGUUUUCCUGGGUUUAUUGGGUUACACCAGUAAGAGACUAUACCAAGGGCACCGGCUAGAUAAAGCAGCAACAGCAACGUCGGCGAAGGUAGAAGUAGGUAUUAACCUAGGGCGUGUUGAGAGGCGAACCAUCUUGUCACCCGGACGAAUCUUCCACGACAGGCGAGACAUAGCCACCAGAAAGCUGGAAGCUGUCUACAAUUGGGUCGGCAAAACAGAGCAACGAAGUUGGGGGCAUCAUGGCGUCUCGUCACUCGUAAUCGGUAUGUCACAACUUGGACAUUUCCACCAUCGACUUUCCAUCGACUUUAUCACUCCCGUACAUAACCCCAAUACCAUCUUCGCUUUCGCCGAGGCAUGGUUGUAGGAUGACUGCCCGCGACUCCCUAGGUUUCUAGUCCGGGGUAGAUGAGUCACGAGCGUGCGCGGCAGCAACCUAAGAGAGAAGACGUCUGCGUGGCAAGAACCGAGAAGUCCGAGUUCGACGAACCAAGCUGCCAACAAGUCGCAUCUUACUGAGACACCUGGUUCGCAUGGAAGUAAUGGAGCGAGACGGGCGCAACUGGGAAGUCCAGCUCACUACGAGACCGAGGCUGAGGCUUAGACCCAACCAAUGUUCAGGCACCCUGGCGACAGAGGGAAGCCAACGACUACGACGAUCACCAAGAUGGACGAGGUCCGCCUCAUUCCGUUGGCUAUCUUAGCUACAGACCAGUGGACAUGCACAUGUCACGUCUCGUCGAGGUUACUUGUGUGGCUGAACAUGAUGCAAACGGGAGACGGAAGCUAAGCCACAAGCUUAACAUGUUCCUGGCCAGUGUGAGAGGGGAGGCAGCCCGGGAUGUGGAGUUGGGAAUUCGGGGGUCGGGAGGGAGGUGGUAUCCGAGGUGCCGGAAUUGGUUCGAUGGCGAUAAAUGUGAGCUGGCUGGUCUUGAGGAUGGGCGAUGUUGUCGUAAGUGAGCACGUAGGGAGCCAACUGGCAGGUUUGGACAGUCAUCUUCAGUGGAGGUCAGGUUAACCCGACAUAGCAAGACUAGCCUGAGGUGGACGGAUUACUGGGCCAUGUGUACGAGGUACGGGCAUCACUUCGGAUGGUGCCGGCCGCGCAAGAUGGAGAAGUUGAGAAGCAGCGUAAAGCAAGACGCAAAAGACGAUGGGGGGCCGGUAAAAUGCCGGCUGACUUGUUGCAGAUCCUUUAAGCCCUCCCGCGGACAAUCAGGGUCUUCCUGGACCGUUGGGGCCAACUGGGAUGGGCACUAGCGCAGCAUCGCGAGCGCACAAGCCGAGGGAUGAGUCCUGAGUGCUGUUACUGGCGGUGGGCAGCUACGGAACCCACUAAAUUUAGAAGUCCGACAGGACCCUGAGUCGACUUCUCCACGGAACGGAACCCGGCCGCCUGGGAAGGAAUGGAUCUGCGCCGGCCAUGGAGAUCUUGCACUUUGUCUUUCUAAUCUCUGGACGGCAGUCCAUCCAACUGAUGCGUGGUUGGGUGAACCUCCGCCUUUUUUGCCGCCUGCCCUGUUUUGUGCAUGCCGACACAUGCACGCUGGACCUGAUUUUCCCCCCUUUACGGAUACUGGCUUCCCAAUUGCCAGUCCCCCCCUCGUCUUGGGUACGGCACCAUGCUGAAUUUGAUCCUGGCAAGCCUGGCUUGGGCACUCACGCACUCACGCACUCAAGUUUUCAGACGUACCGGGUCACCGAGUGUGCGAGUCACCUUCCACAUAUCCAUACUACGUAGUCAGCAUCUGUUAAUGAUUCCUUAAUGUACGACACAGUCAUGUUUCGUAGUCCAUGCAACCGGGCAUUACUUAGUGGAGUGCAGACGGGAUUGAUCCUGGACUCUGCCAAGUAAUGGACGCUGAACAGAUGUAAACGUUACGCUGUGUUUCGCACGUUUAAAUUUUGUUCUAUGUAAAGUGAAGCUAGUCUACCCCGAAAGCUCGGCCCCGGGCCUGGCCCAACGGAGCUACACAGCAUCUCAGCGGAUAUGCCGGACUGCGCCGUCGGUCACGAAGCACAAUAGAGCGGAAGAAGGAUGGUUGCGAAGUACCUAAUGAUGUUUCAAUAAGGUACCAAUGACCAAGCGUGGGCCUCAUCGGAGCCGGAGACAAACUGCGGGUUGCACGUAGGUGCCGCAAGAAAGUGCGGAAAAAGGACUUGGAUUCCUCAUCGUAUUCGUGAAUAGUGGUUCUGAUGUUCCGCACGAUCUGGGAGGGUGGGAGGCCCCGAGAUGGCAGCUGGAAGCUACGUGCCGGAGCCACCGAUGCGUGCAGCGUUGGGUCGACAGGUA